AUCUUAUAUCUUGGUUCCAUCUCGAACGCACCUACUAACCUUCUGCUGUGCUUGAGAAAAGGGGUUCGUUUCAGAUCUUCAAACUUGACAUAAAUUGAACCAACAAUCAUCCAAAAUGGAAGCUGUCGGAGGAUUCAAGCCACCAGUCAACGUAUCUCCUCUUAUCAGAUUCUCUAGGUGGAGUCUUCUCUUGGCUGGUAUCGGGUAUGGAGCUUUGAAGUACAACAGAAUAGCAGCCAAAGAAAAGGUUCUUCGUGAAGAAGCUAGGAUUGAAGGCGAACGCAUGGCUCCAAUUCUUAAGGCAGAGAAAUUGCGCCUUCAAAAGGCUGAGCUUGCUGAUCUUGAAAAGCAGGUGGGAGGCCCACUCUCGUAAACAUUUUUACUACAUUAAUGGUCUAAUUUACCUGAACACACAUGCAUUGAAAAUUGUAAGCUUAUGACUAGGGCAGAAGGAAUAAAGAAAAGUAGAUCUUAA